GAAAAAAAAAAAAAAUUCUUGGAUUUCGGACGAAAGGCAGCGUCUGCCGUCUGGAGCUGAAGUUUGAGGAGGAGGAGAUGGCGGUUUCAGCUGUGAGAGGCAGUCGCUUACCAAUAAUACUGGUGUUCCAUCGUCGUCAUCAUCUUCAUUGUCCUCAGAUGUUAUUCUCGGAAAAAGAUAACUCUUCAAAAAGAAGGCAGCCGAAUGGUCGUGGCUCAAAGCGUUUCACUCUUUCUGCCCGUUAUUCUCAAGCCCAGGAUCUUUUCUCUUCCACCCGCCUCCAAGAUAGUUUAGAGAGGCUGCCUAAACUGGUUGAGGAUAUUGUCCAGACAUCCGUAAACACUGGUCCACGUGGUGCCAUCAGGCUGGCCCAAGGUCUCCAAGCAUUUAUCGGUGUUGGUGGCGAGUGGCUUGCUGAUGUAUCCAAGUCAACAAAUUCAUCUGCUGGAUUACCAACUCAAUUGCAGCUUGGACUACUUUCCCCCCUUUAUUUGAGGAGAUUGUUUGAACGCCUGGGGGCAACUUAUAUCAAAUUAGGUCAGUUCAUAGCAUCUGCACCCACAUUGUUCCCACCAGAGUAUGUCCAAGAAUUUCAGAACUGUUUUGAUAGAGCUCCUGCAGUUCCUUUUGAAGACAUUCAAAGCAUUUUGCAAGAGGAAUUGGGGAGACCCAUAGAUAGUGUCUAUGAAUAUGUUGACUCGACUCCUAUUGCUUCAGCCUCAAUAGCACAGGUUCAUGGUGCAAGGCUUAGAGGCUCCCAAGAGGAUGUAGUUAUAAAGGUCUUGAAACCUGGAAUAGAGGAUAUAUUGGUGGCAGAUCUAAAUUUUGUUUACAUUGUUGCUCGCAUAUUGGAGUUUUUGAAUCCUGAAUUCAGCCGUGCAUCACUGGUUGGUAUCGUUAAAGACAUACGAGAGUCUAUGCUUGAAGAAGUUGACUUUAACAAAGAGGCUGCAAAUGUUGAGUCCUUUAGGAGAUAUUUAGAAGACAUGGGACUGACAAGGCAGGCUACAGCUCCAAAGGUGUAUCACCACUGCAGCACCCGACGAGUUCUGACAAUGCAAAGGCUUUAUGGAGUUCCUCUUACUGAUCUAGAGUCUAUAAGUUCGCUUGUUUCUAGUCCAGAGGCUAGUCUCAUAACUGCCCUUAAUGUAUGGUUUGGUAGCUUGCUUGCCUGUGAAUCCUUCCAUGCAGAUGUGCAUGCAGGCAAUUUGUGGUUGUUACGUGAUGGCCGUAUUGGGUUUCUUGAUUUUGGAAUUGUUGGGCGUAUUUCCCCAAAAACAUGGGCUGCUAUGGAAGUAUUUUUGGCAUCAAUUGCAACUGAAGAGUAUGAGUCAAUGGCAUCUGCCUUGAUUGAAAUGGGGGCUACGAACAAGGAUAUUGAUUCUAGGGUCUUUGCAAGAGACUUGGAAAAGAUAUUUUCAUCAAUACAGGAUUUGGAUACAGAAAUAGUUGUCGCAACAGCCAGGGGGACAACAACAGGGGCAACUGCUGUCUCUGCUAAUCUAGUUGUUGAUGAGAGGCAAAUGAAUGCACUCUUUCUUGAUGUGGUUCGGGUUAGUGAAUCAUAUGGAUUGAGAUUUCCACGUGAAUUUGCACUUCUCAUGAAGCAGCUUCUGUAUUUUGACCGGUACACCCGGUUGUUGGCUCCCAACUUGAAUAUGCUUCAGGACCAAAGGAUCUCCAUUGUUUCGAAUCGAAGAAGCAAAUAUGGAGACAGUUUCAAGUGAAUCUCAGUUGUGUAGAUAUACAUCCUCCUAGGUCAAAGGCUUUAUUUUUGUUUUCACUUUUGUAGAUAUAGCUAGAAGUACAUAGUUGGAAUUAUACACACCCAAUAAAAAUACUAAGAAAGAAGGAAAAUAUUUACUCUUUGAUUUUACUUUUUAAUUCAAGUACUCUUGAUGAUUUAGUAGUAAUGGGACUAUCGAUAUUUCUGC